AUGUGUCCGAUCAAGAGGGAGAUGAGCGGGGAGUCGGGCUCGCCGUCGCCGUGCAGCGGGGAGAACUUCUGCUCGCCCUCGGCGUCGCCGGAGCGCCAGCAGGCGAGGCAGGCGGGGUGGACGUCGGCGCCGGCGAAGCGGCCGGCGGGGCGGACCAAGUUCAGGGAGACGCGGCACCCGGUGUACCGCGGCGUGCGGCGCAGGGGCAAUGCCGGGCGGUGGGUGUGCGAGGUGCGCGUGCCCGGCAGGCGCGGGAGCAGGCUCUGGCUCGGCACCUUCGACACCGCCGAGGCCGCCGCGCGCGCCAACGACGCCGCCAUGCUCAUGCUCGCCGCCGGAGGCGCCGCCUGCCUCAACUUCGCCGACUCGGCCGAGCUGCUCUCCGUGCCGGUGGCCUCCUCCUACCGCAGCCUGGACGAGGUCCGCCACGCCGUCGUGGAGGCCCUGGAGGACUUGCUGCGGCGCGAGGCGCUCGCCGAGGAGGACGCGCUCUCGGGCACCUCCUCGUCCGCGCCCUCCUCCCUCACCGACGACGAGUCGUCCUCUUCGCCGCUGCCCGAGGAGGACUCGCCGUUCGAGCAGGACGUGCUGAGCGAGAUGGGCUGGGACCUGUACUACGCGAGCCUGGCGCAGGCGAUGCUCAUGGCGCCGCCCGCCGCGGCUGCGGCGCUCGGCGAUUGCGGGGAGGCUCACCUCGCCGACGUGCCACUCUGGAGCUACCAGAGCUAG